UUUAAGAGGGAGCAGAGCUGUAGAGCAGUACUACUGGACCCCAAACUCGCGUUCUCGUGGCGAGCGAUGGCGUCGUCACGGCCGGAGGAGGGGACCGCGUCGGCGCGGGGGGCGCCGUGGGGCAGGCUGGACGGGCAGGUGGUGCUGGUGACGGGCGCCUCCUCCGGGCUCGGCCGCGAGUUCUGCCUCGACCUGGCGCGCGCCGGCUGCCGGGUCGUCGCCGCCGCGCGCCGCGCCGACCGCCUCCGGUCGCUCUGCGACGACAUCAACGCCUCCUCCUCCUCCUCCGCAGCGGUGGCGGCGGCCGUCGAGCUCGACGUCGCGUCCGGAGGGGCUGCGCUGGAGGCCGCCGUGCAGAGGGCCUGGGACGCCUUCGGCCGCAUCGAUGUCCUCAUCAACAACGCUGGCCUCCGAGGAGGUGUGCACUCACCAUUGGAUUGGCCUGAGGAUGAUUGGAAUACACUUAUCAAGACAAACCUCACUGGAUCAUGGCUCGUUUCCAAGCAUGUAUGUAGACGCAUGCAUGAUGCCAAGAUAAAGGGUUCAGUAAUUAACAUUUCCUCUGUUUCUGGUCUUAACCGUGGUCAUCUGCCCGGCUCCACUGGAUAUGCAGCUUCCAAAUCUGCCAUGCAUUAUGUCACAAAGUUAAUGGCUCUGGAAUUGGGAGCAUAUGGCAUUAGAGUGAACUCAAUAGCACCUGGGAUCUUCCAGUCAGAGAUAACCGCUCCUCUAUUGCAAAAGAAAUGGUUGAAAACUGUUGUUUCGAAGAUAGUGCCACUUAAGACACAUGGUACUACUGAUCCAGCACUGACGUCGCUGGUUCGUUUUCUGAUCCAUGGAACAUCAUCAUAUGUGACUGGAAACAUCUUCAUUGUAGAUUCAGGUGCCACCAUACCUGGUGUUCCAAUAUUUUCUUCUCUGUAAUUUUCAUUAUUAGAUACAUGGUGUUCCAAUAUUUUCUUCUCUGUAAUAUUGAUAAUUAGAAUUUGCUUUCAAGAAGUCAUGUUACAUAUUACUCCAUUAAAUAAGCAAUCAAAACCCGUGAGGGAAGUGGCCUUUCUGUACAGUUGUUUUCAGAUUAACUGUGCCCACCAGUUUGUUUUCUGUUAUUGGCGUGCUGCUCUA